AUGUCCGGUAACAGCUCACUUUCCCACCAAGCUCUGGGAUCGGAGCUGAAGGAGGCAACCGCCUCCUCAGAAGCACACGCGGCCGUGCCGUCUCUCGAAGACGUCCCGGAUGGUGGUUGGAGGGCGUGGCUAGUCGUGCUGGGGUCGUCGCUGUCGCUGUUCGCAUCGGCGGGAUUGGUGAACGCAUACGGCACAUUCCAGGCAUACUACGAGACAGAUUUGCUGCCUUCGUCAUCGCCGUCCACGAUCUCUUUCAUAGGGUCCAUCCAGAUAUUUCUUCUCUAUUUCCUCGGGACGUUUGCAGGCAGGGCAUUCGAUGCCUAUGGAACCAAGGCAAGGAACCAGCUCUACCAGGUCUUCCUCUCCCAUGGAGUUCUUUUCGGGAUCGGCAUCUCUCUGCUGUUCAGCCCUGCGCUCGCCGUAAUUGGCCACUGGUUCCGCCGCCGACGCGCGCUCGCGAUUGGCCUCACCACCGGCGGGAGCGCGACCGGGGGUGUGGUCGUGCCCAUCCUCAUGGAACGCCUUAUUCCUACCCUGGGCUUCCCCUGGGCCGUUCGCGUCGUCGCAUUCCUAUUGCUCGGCCUGCUCGCUAUCUCAUGCGUCACCAUCAAGACGCGGCUUCCGCUCUCCGGACGCAUGUCGUUCCGGACCGCGAUCGACCUGGGCGGAUUCCGCGAUCCGCGCUACGCGCUCGCGAACAUCGCCGCGUUUUUGCUUUUCUAUGCGUUCUUCGUCCCGUACUUCUACAUCCAGAUCUAUGCCGACUUCCGUGAGGUUGCGCCCCACAUCGCGCACUACCUCCUUGCCGUCAUGAACGCGAUGAACAUCGUCUCGCGGAUUCUACCAGGACUUAUCGCGGACAGGCUCGGAACUCUGCCGGUCUUCGUACCAGCCGCAACGAUCUGCAGCGUGCUCACCCUCGGACUGUGGCUGCCCUCGCGCAGCGCCGGCUCCGUCAUCGCGUUCGCGGCCCUUUACGGCCUGUUUUCAGGCGCCUUCGUCUCGCUCCUGCCGACCUACAUCGCCGCGAUCUCCCCUCGCGAGAAGUUCGGCGCACGGCUCGGCGCGACGUACAUCGGCGUCGCGAUCGCGUCUCUGGCGGGAACGCCGACCGCGGGCGCGCUGCUCACGACCACGGACCAGUCUCACUUCAACAACCUGAUCGUCUUCACUGGGGUCCUCCUCGUCGCGGGCACGGUAGUCAUGGCUGGGGCGGGACUCGUCGGCUCCCCGCGGGUGCAGCUGUUGGGGAGGAAACGAGAAGACGCGGGCGUAGAGGAGUGA